AUGAUGUCUUUGUCACAAUUUAAAAAAGAAGCCAACUGGUUUAUGCUUUACUACUUGUCACUAGUGCAUCUUGGUGCGUUGGAAGGUCUCCGCCGUGUCUUCUUUUGCAAAUGGGAGACGCUCUUAGCCUUUGUGAUUAUCUACUAUGUCACGGGUCUUGGAAUUACCAUGGGAGCUCAUCGUCUAUGGGCGCAUCGGAGCUAUAAGGCCCAUGGCAUUCUUCGAUUCUUCCUUAUGCUAUGCAAUUCCAUGGCCAAUCAGGGCACUAUCUUUCAUUGGACGCGUGACCAUCGUGUGCAUCACAAGUACUCGGAUACGAUAGCUGACCCACACAAUUCUGGUCGUGGCUUCUUCUUUGCACACAUGGGCUGGCUUCUAGUCAAGAAGGACCCACGUGUGCAUGAAGCUGGUACGAAACUCAAUUACGACGAUCUCUGGGCUGAUUGGACCGUCGUGAUGCAAGAAAAGCUCAACCCAUGGGGAAAUCUCUUCAUGUGUUUUGUCGUCCCGACUCUCGUUGGUGUCCAGGUCGCUGGAGAAGAUUGGAAAAAUGCCCUCUUUGUUCUCGGCUUCCUGCGCUACGUGCUUGUGCUACAUGCAACGUGGCUUGUUAAUAGUGCUGCCCAUUUCUAUGGCUAUCACCCGUAUGACAACACUCCACCCUCGGAGAACUGGUUUGUAUCAAUCUGGGCCAUUGGGGAAGGCUGGCACAACUGGCACCACAAGUUCCCAUACGAUUACGCGACGAGCGAGUUUGGUAUGACGUCACAAUUCAAUCCCACCAAGCUCACUAUUGACAUCAUGGCAAUGAUUGGUCUAGUCACGGACCGCAAGCGUGCGACGGACAUUUGGGGAAAGAUCAAAGAGUCGAAGGGAAAAGGGGCAACGUUCAAGGACCCCAAUGGUGAUGACCCCUCCCACGCAUUCUCGGAACUCAAGGCCAAAGCGAACUAA